AUGUCUCACAACAUCAUGGGUAAACAAGUUGGCCCUAUCGGCUUUGGACUCAUGGGCUUGACCGCGCGCCCUCUCCCUGACGAGACUACCUUCGCCGCCAUCCGCACCGCUCUCGAUGCAGGCUGCAACUGGCUUAACGGCGCAGAAUUCUACGGCCCUCCAGACGCAAACUCAUUGGCCCUUAUCCGUCGCUAUCUCGAAAAGUACCCUGAAGAUGCUGAUCGUAUUGUGCUCACCACCAAGGGAGGCUUGGGCCCCAACUACGCCCCUCUUGGUACCAAGGAGGGCACGCGCCAAAGCAUCGACAACAGCCUUAAGACUCUGGGUCCGGUUGGUCGAAUCGGAUCGUUUGCAGUUGGUCGUAAGGAUCCUAACGCUGACUAUGAAGACGAUACUCUCGCUACUAUCAACCAAUAUGUCCAAGAGGGUAAGAUUGACGGUAUCUCAUGCAGCGAGGUCAACGCCGAUACGCUUCGCAGCGCAGCAAAAAAAUUCAAGAUCGUUGCACUUGAGACUGAACUGUCACUAUUCACCACGGAUAUGUUGACGAACGGAGUGCUUGAGGCCUGCGGCGAGCUUGACAUAGCUGUUCUUGCGUAUUCACCUCUCGGAAGAGGCUUCCUCGGAGGGCAAAUCAAGUCUGCUCAAGACCUCCCAGAAGACGAUCUUCGUGUCAAAUUCAAUCCUCGCUGGCAAGGAGAUAAUCUUCAAAAGAACAUCCAGCUCGUCAACGACGUCGAGGCCCUGGCAAAGAAGAAGGGCUGCACCGUAAGCCAAAUAGCUAUCAACUGGCUUUUAUCUCUCUCUCGUCGCCCUGGAAUGCCCAAGAUCGUCCCCAUCCCCGGAUCUUCCAAGCCAGACCGCAUUCGUAAGAACGCGACAAUCAUCCAUCUUACAGAUGAAGACCUGGCCGACAUCGACAAAUUGCUUGCCUCCUUCACGCCAGCCGGCGAACGAUACCCCCCUCAGCAUAUGAAAUACGUCAACGCUUAG